AUGUUUGCACGUCCACUUAUGUCGCCUUUUUGGAUUAAAAUCAACAAAAAUGAUAAAAUCACACUCUGUCCAGUCUAUCACAUCAAACGAUGUGUAGAAAUCAGAGUGGACACUACGAUAAAAACAGAACUAAAGAUACAAUUCAAUAAACAAGAUACAAUUGUCUAUGACAAAAAAGAAAACAUGAUAACAAUCAUUGAAGUAGGAAUUACAUCGCAAGACAACUUGCAAAAGGUGGAAGUGAAAAAACUCCACAAAUACGACCUACUUGCGAAUGAGAUCGUACUGCUACAUAGUGCCAAAGUACAAAUUGUACCAAUUGUCUUGACGUGGAAUGCAAUUACAACUAAAUUUUACCCGAAAUAUUGCCAAAAACUGAAGUUACCGGAUAAAAUUAAAACAUACAUACAGUCUGUUGUUCUCAGAGCAACCUACCAAAGUAUGAACAUAGAAUAA